CCACCCACCGACCCACCCGCCGAAACCAGAAGCCACAAACCCCUAUCUUCCCCCAGCUACAAAUACCAAAAACGACCCAACCAAAAUUUCACCCACAGAGCGAAAAACCACCCAAAAAAGAAAUUUCCAGAGUCCCCAAUGGCGAGCCAACCCGGUCGUCUGAUCGCUGUAGCCGUUGACCCCGGAGAUGAGAGCCUGUACGCGUUGACUUGGUGCCUCAACAACGUGGUGACGAAGCCGAAGCCCGAGGAGGAUUCCAAGGAUACCCUCGUCCUCCUCUACGCUCGCCCGCCUCGCGCUCUCUAUCCUUCAAUGGACGGAACGGGGUACUUGUUUUCGUCGGAUAUAAUGGCGAGCAUGGAUCGGUACGGGAGAGAGGUGGCGGAUACGGUGAUUGAGAGAGCUAGGAAGACUUGUGCGAGUUAUCCAUACGUGAAUGUAGAAUCAAAAGUGGAGGUUGGAGACCCCAGAGACGUAAUCUGUGAGGCAGUGGAGAAGCUCAACGCUGAUCUUUUGGUAAUGGGAAGCCAUGGUUAUGGUCUCAUCAAGAGGGCGUUUUUGGGAAGUGUCAGCAACCACUGCGCACAGAACGUCAAGUGCCCUGUUCUGAUCGUGAAGAGGCCUAAACAGUGAUCAAACUUGUUCUUCUUGUUUUUUUGGGCAUGUAAAUAACUAAUAAUUGUGUAGUGACAUGCAAAUGCUUGGUUUUGUUGUCGGGGUCUGUCUAUGUAAUUUUGUAGGUUUUGUUGCCGUGGUCAGUGUCCGUACUUUGUUGUUUGAUUUGGUUAAUUUUGGGAUUUCUCAGUUAAUGAUUAAUGUGGCUAUUGGAUUAUGUUGUAGCCUU